AUGCGAGUUGACGACAUAGUCCCAAUCAAUGAUUCUAUGCCUGAAGAACAGCUUAUGGCAAUCAUGGUCUUGAAAGAAAGUUUUGAUGAGAAGGUCAGGCUGGAAGAAGUCAAGGCUUUGCGUGAUGAAAACUUACCCUGGUAUGCUGAUAUAGUGAACUUCAUGGUGUCUGGAGAAGUUCCUAGUAGUUUUAAUGCUUACAAGAGGAAGAAGUUCUUCAAGGAUGCUAGGCACUACUAUUGGGAUGAGCCUUACUUGUACAAGAGAGGACCAGAUAGCAUUUACAGGAGAUGCAUAGCUGAAGAAGAUGUACAAGGAGUUCUUGAGCAUUGCCAUGGGUCUGCUUAUAGAGGUCACUUUGCCACAUUCAAAACCGCAACUAAGGUUUUGCAAUCUGGGUUAUGGUGGCCUACUUUGUUCAAAGAUGAAGCAAGUUACAUUGCCAAGUGUGAUCCAUGCCAACGGAAAGGAGGAAUCACCAAGAGAGAUGAAAUGCCAAUAAACCCAAUUCUAGAGGUUGAGAUCUUUGAUGUAUGGGGAAUAGACUUCAUGGGACCUUUCAAGCCUUCCUCAAACGGGCACAACUACAUUUUCGUUGCUGUAGACUAUAUGUCCAAAUGGAUUGAAGCCAUUCCCUGCCCAGCCUGUGAUGCUAAAGUUGUUAUCAAACUGUUCAGAACCAUCAUCUUUCCAAGAUAUGGCAUCCCAAGGGUUGUUAUUUCGGAUGGAGGUUCCCAUUUCAUCAACAAGGUGUUUGAGAAGUUGAUGAAGAAAUAUGAAGUCAAGCAUCAAGUUGCCACGCCCUAUCACCCUCAAACCAGUGGGCAAGUUGAAGUCUCCAACAGACAGAUUAAGGCUAUAUUGGAGAAGACUGUGAGCUUCACUAGAAAGGAUUGGUCAACAAGACUUGAUGAAGCACUUUGGGCUUAUAGGACAGCUUACAAAACUCCCAUUGGCAGGUCCCCUUUCAACUUGCAAUAUGGAAAAGAUUGCCACUUGCCUGUGGAGAUCGAAUAUAAGGCUUUAUGGGCAGUCAAGAUGUUGAACUUUGACAUAAAGGUUGAGGUUGUUUCCCGGGAAGUUGAGGAAAAGGUUUUUAGGAAGAAGAGGCAAACAACUCGAGGCACAACUCAAUCGAGCAAAGAGAAAGCUCGACCGAGCUACACAAACGAAGUCGAGUGGAGUGCUCCUGAUGGCCGCCUGCCCUCUCCUGACCACGACCUUGUCUUUUGGAGCAUUCUGGAGCAUAUGGGACAUGAGGAGCAUGGAGGGACUUGGCGCAUGGACGCAGCUCAACUGGAUACGCAAAGGAAGAAGGGAGAAGCCAUCUUGAAGACCAGCUCGACCAUCUACUCGACCAACCGGUCGAGUUCCUCAACUCGACCGGCCAAGCUUCAACUCGAUCGAGCUGAGAAGUCAAAGUCAAACCCGAAAAAUGUUGCUUCCCCCUUGACUUUCCUUUGA